GACUCCCCUGAUGCUGGCCUGCACCAGGCAGAACCUGGAGGUGAUCCAAACCCUCGUGGAGCACGGAGCCAACCCUCUGCUGAAGAACAAGGAUGGCUGGAACUGCUUCCACAUUGCCAGCAGGGAGGGUCACCCCCACAUCCUCCAGUACCUGCUGGACGUGUCCCCAGGCUGCUGGGACACAGAGAGCACGAUCCAGAGGACACCUCUGCACACAGCAGCGAUGCACGGCCGCCGCGACGCCGUGGAGCUGCUCCUGGAGAGGUGCCAGUACAAGCCUGACAGCAGAGACAGAUGUGGAGUCACUCCCUUUAUGGAUGCUAUCCAGAAUGGGCACGUUGGCAUCGCCCGGCUGCUCCUGGAGAAACACCAGGCCUGUGCCCGUGCCCUGGAUGCCCUGGGGGCUCAGGCUCUGCACCGAGCAGCUCUCACAGCCCAGGAUGGAGCCAUCAGGUUCCUGGUCUCCGAGCUGGGCGUCGACGUCAACGGGAGAGCGACGGCCCUUCAGCUCCCAGCCCUGCACUAUGCUGCCAAG